AUGGUGUUAUUGAGUGCGUCCCCCUGUGGUCUGAAAAAGUUGUUGGCCAUCUGUGAAGCUUACGCCAGUUCGCACGGAUUGGUUUAUAAUGUGGACAAGAGUGAAGUCAUGGUUUUUGAGUCCAGAGGCAGGAAGUCAUUAGACAUACCACCGGUCAAAUUAAACGGUGUUUUAAUGAGGCGAGUUGACAGUGUUAAAUACCUGGGACACCAUCUUGUUUCUGACCUCAAGGACAAUGACGACAUCGAAAGGGAGCGGAGGGCGCUGGCGGUGAGGGCUAAUGUGAUAGCUCGAAGAUUUGCACGUUGCUCGAAGGAAGUGAAAGUUACACUCUUUCGAGCAUAUUGCACAUCUUUUUAUACAUGUAGCCUAUGGGCUACAUACACGCAAAAAUCAUACAGCGCUCUUCGCGUCCAAUAUAACAACGCAUUCAGGAUGCUGAUGGGGUUGCCUAGAUCCUGUAGUGCAUCAGGGAUGUUUGCAGAAGCGAAAGUAGAUUGCUUCUACGCUACUAUGCGGAAGCGGUGUGCAUCCCUGGUGCGCAGGAUGCGGGCCAGCACCGACAGCAUCCUGAGUAUGGAGGCCAGCAGAAUGGACUGUGUGUACAUCGGUCGCUGUUGCGCAGUCUCACACGGAACUGGGCAGCAGUGA